UUCACAUCAACAUACUUGUCAGCAUGUUCUCACCGACGCGGGUUUAUUAAACCACAACACGAUCCAGCUCGCUUUUAAUUGCGUUAUUAUAAAGACCAUGUUUAUGUGAUUGAUAUGAAAGCAUGCAUUUUAUAUCGCUUUGGAGGAGGAUGGAACAUCAUAAAUGUUGUUGAUUGACGGAAAGUCACGGAUAUUUACCGGCCCAUGUUUUCAGAGACCAUGUAAAACUAACCAACAGAUACCAUUGAUGAUUGAAAAGAGUGGGGUCAGGUGGCCAUGGACCCCUUCAGCCAGCUGAUCCUGCUCAUCUCUGUGGUGAGUUUCUGUACUUUCCAGUGGCUCUUUCACAGCGUCAGCCCCUGGGCGUCGUCCAGAAUCAGCCCUGGCUUCCUCAAACUCACACACAAACAGAAGAUCGAGUGGAACUCAAGGACAGUGUCCACCCUCCACGCCCUGCUGGUCGGCCUUUUCUGCCUCUACAUCUUGUUCUUCGAUGAGGCUGUCAAUCAAGACCCUGUAUGGGGAGAUCCUACUCUGGUGAAGAUAAAUGUGAGCAUUACGACAGGCUACCUCAUAUCCGAUCUGCUGCUUAUAUUUUACUAUUGGAGAGCAAUAGGAGACAAGUUUUUUGUAGUCCACCACCUGGCAGCAUUGUAUGCUUACUACUAUGUACUGGGUCAAGGAAUGUUGCCUUAUUUUGCUAACUUCCGUCUGCUUGCAGAGUUUUCCACGCCGUGUGUGAACCAGCGCUGGUUCUUUGAAGUAUUAGGUUACCCCAAAUCCUCCAAACCCAACAUGGCUAAUGGGGUUCUGAUGGCGGCUGUGUUUUUUCUGGUGCGGAUCGCCAUCAUGCCGGUGUACUAUGGCCGAAUGUUCUCCGUGUAUGGCACUGAGGCCUUCUACAAGGUCUCCUUCGGCGGCCGCAGUGCUUGGAUCUUUUCCAGCAUCUGCUUGGACAUCAUGAACAUCAUGUGGAUGCAUAAGAUCGCUCGCGGCUGCUAUAAAGUCCUGCGGUCCAACCGAAAGUCCAAAUUUGAGAGCCAAGAGAACGGAAAAAUGGAUUGAGCGCAUGGACGGUGUUUGGGGUCUUGUUGUCGGUUUUCAAGGGCAGAUAUCCAAGUUAGUGGGCAAAUGGGACACUACAAUAUAAUAGUGACCAGUACAGAGAAGGCAAACUGCCUCAGAGCAAUAUUUUCAGUCUGUGGCCAGUUCUUUCAACUGAGAAGACCUAAAACCAGACUGGCUUCCCACAAAACUGUACAUUGCAGGUGCAAAUAAUGCGCUAUUCGAGACCACCGGCUAAAAAACCUGAACCGUAUUUUAACCUUGUUUGUUUUUUGCCUUAAUUCUGAUCCCCGGUGGCUGUUUUUUUUUUUUUUUUUUUUUUAAACUGCGGGCAGGUAAACCACGUUAUUUAUUCACCAAAGUCCAUUCAGUCGCUCUGAAUCACUGUACUGUGCAAAGGGGCCAAGAGGUCAGCAAAUCACCUGAUGUUCUUGUUUACUUUGAAGCUUUGAAGAAUCAUCCAAACUGCACUCUGUUAAAAAUCAGAGAUUACAGGGUUUGUUGGAAAAAGACCCUCCAUACGGACAAACAAGUCUACCCAAGACCUUGAUUUAUUUGUGAAUCUCUUGGAAAAUCACACUUUUCUAGUGAUGUAUUGAAUGUUUUAUCCUGAGGUAAUGAUUGACUUACGGAUCUGAAACCAUUCUCUCUGUAUUCACAUUAAUAUAGAUCUAGUUUUGUUUUUAAGAGUAAUACGUUUACACACCCGCAAGAUGCAAAUGUGUGUUAAAUAGUUAAAUGCUUGAGUUUGAUUUAUGUGAAUCAGUAAUGUGAAACCUUUCUCACUUCAGUCACAUUCAAUACAGAACCGGCUUUGUUUUUGAAUGAAAUUGGUUUACACUCACACUAGAUUACAUACUUAUUGCAAUCUGUUCCCAAGAAACAGAAUUUACACUGUUCACUCUGUACAGUUAACUGCAUGUGGCAAUGUUGUUAUUGGAAUGUUUGCAUUGUACAUGGAAAUUUUAUUGGACAUAGUAUAAUUGUUUUAAAUAUGUUUAUGUACAGUGCAUCCAAUCAAUACUGAAACUAAUGGUUAUAUUUUGUAAAAAGGGAUUUAAAAGGAAUUCUAUAAGAGCUUGUGAAUGUUCGACAACUUUUGGGGUGUGGGUGUCUAAUAGUUUUCCUGCAUCAUACAUAAUUUAUUGAACCAGUUUUACACUGGGAGAGCAUGGAAAUGUUUGUACUACAUAUUUAUUAUUUUGUAAUGGAAAAAUAUAAAAGGUGUCAAUGUAUCCAAGUAGAUUUACAGCUUAUGAGAGAAUUCACAUUACAGAAAUACUUUUACAAAUGCAUUUUGAAAUUGUCACUAUGUAUUUAGUGUAGAAUAUUCAUACUGUACACACGUGCAUUCAGUGGUGACAGAUAUGAGCGCAUAUGUUUUAUUAAAUUAAAUAUUAAAAUGUAUGAAAUGGUUGAGAUAACAGAAUGCUUUGCGUCGUUCUGAUGCGAAGAGGUUCUGUUUCUAAUGAACAAAGUACUUGAAUUUUUAUCUACGUUAUUCAGAGAGAAUCCUUGUUAUGAUUUUAGCCUUUGCAUUCAAUCACUUAAAAUGCCUUUUGUUUGUUUUUUAAUAAACAUCUUUAAUUUACUUGUUUUAGUGUCGUUUUAACACAUGGUUCAUUGUAUAUUCAUGUAAAGGGUAUAAACCCUCUUUGUUUUUGUUUUUUGUUCUCAAUGUUACUACCAAAGUUCGGAAGAAUGACUGUUUAAACGAUGUGUUUUUUAAUCUUAAAAAUUAAAUUAAAUAGUGACACACCAACACAAAGCAGGAGUGUAUAUUAUUUUAAAAUGCAAACUACUGAUGAGCCUACAAACAUGCAUUAUAGCUCUAAUUGUGUAUAAAGUAUAAAAUACAGCAAAGCCGCUUGCAGGUUAUUACCACAGCACAGAUGGAUUUAAGGGUUUUUAUCAAAGAGUAUAAAUUUGGCCAAGCCACACAUUUUCUUGUCUUUUUGCCAAAACUAUAUUGAAUUGUUUAUUUUAAACGAAUCCUUUCUUUAAAAAGCUAAACUUCCAGUGUUAGGAAGUGUAUCUGGCUUGAUAGAAGAUAUAGAUUUUACACCUUUAAAAUAUGAAUGUAAAACAAUCUCUUAAAAGUGUGGACACAGCAAAUACAUUUUAGUCAAAACGUAAUAUUUGACAUAGGAUAUGUAGAAAGAGACUUUCAUGACUGUUUGCUUUUUGUUACUGAUACGUUCCAUGUUCUGAUUUCAUGUCACAGGAACUUUUUCCCAUGUCAAGGUUUACAUAUUUUACCAAGGUGGCCACAAUGAUUCUGUUCCCACAAACGGAUGGAAAGUGCAUAUACCUGAGGAAUGACAGUACUGUUAAUAUUUUAACAUUUAUUCUUUCACGUGUCUUAAUUUUUCACUUACAUUGUCAUUUGUCUCAAUAAAGCAAUAUGUUCAACUUGA